GUUAGAGAAGUCACUUUUGAGAACCAGAGACACAGAGCAAGUAAAGCUACUGGAACUGACCUGAACUAACAAUGUACACCAGAUCAGACAGCCUGGUCCUCUCAUUACCGACAAACGCUUUCUUCCAGCCGCAGUCGCAGUUCGAUUUCAGACCGGCGACGAUGCAGCGCAACACCGAGCCGGAGAUCUUCACUUUCGAGCGGAUCCCGGAGCCGCAGUCAUUCCCUCACCGCGGAGCUCCGCUGCGCCCGCGCAAGAGAAACACCCGUGUCAUGUAUCCCUCCAAAGUGCGCAAAUAUCUGCCACCGGCCGAGAAGAGCCCAGCCAAACGCUGGCUGAUCGCACUGUGCCUGGUGGUUUUCCUGCAGAUCUACACGGAGGAGGGAUCCGUUGAGACGACGCAGAGUGAAGGACCAAGCUUCACCGAUGCCACAGCGUACAAUGUUCUCCCUUUCCAGUCUGCUGAGGAGCAAGCCAGACAGAUGAUGGGCAAUUGUCCUGAGGUCUUCGGCCAGUCUAGCAGCGAGGAGGAGAAGAAGGAGAACUCUUGGUUCCUGAACACUACAUGCCCGAGCUCAAGCCUGGAGGAGGACUUCACUACUCUCUACCAGCAGAGCCGGAGGAACGGAUACGUGGUGGCCCUUCUCUACCCUGUAUAUCAUAGACUCGGCACAGAGAACUGAAUGAACUCUGAAUCAAGUUUGUGGACUAACCAAGACGAGUUAAAGACUUUGAACCUUCUCGGAGAAGAAAAAAAGGCUCCUGUGGUUCCUAGCGGUGCCUGGAGAACUCAUCUGCUCCAGCUGGGCGAAGUGAUGAAAAACACAAUCUGAGGAGACAUUUGAUGGACUUGAAUGAUGAACAAACUUAUAAUGGAAUGAAACUUGAAUGGCUCAUUUAGAUUUACUUGAAAAUGUUUCACUUGAAGUGUAUAGAUUUACACAGUAGCCUCACAAGUAGACCUAUUAUAUGUCUAAACUAAUGAGAGUGUCACAAUGACCAUUUGUGUUACUGAACGCUGCGCCUGCAGAAAUACUUGAAUCUCACAUUGAUCAUUUUAUUUUAUCAUGUUAUAUAUGAAGAACUAUUUGUUGUAGCUAUUUAUUUAAUGUUAUUUAUUUAUUGUUAUUGAUUUAUUUAUUUCCUAUUGCCUUGUGAAAAUAAAUUGACAUUUGCAUCUUCAAUUCUUAUUUACUUUUUUCAUUGUCUUCUCGUAAUAUCAUUAGUUCGUAAACUUGCUUCAAAAUGCAGUUGUUUCUCUGUGCCACCUCUAAGAGUACAAUACUCAAACAAGAGAUAUAGAAAAAUAUAUGAUUUAUGACACGUGUUGUACAUUACACUUAUAAGUGCAUGAACACUAAUGCUGAUAUGGCUCUUUUAAAAAAUAUGUUUGAAUUUUGAGUUUAUUGUUCAAGUCCUAGAGAUAAUCGUUGUAAUAUUAACACCAGUAAUGAAUAAUAAGAUCAUUUAUGAGCAGUAUAAAGAUUCAAAUGUAUGAUGUUCAUAUAAUGAAUAAAGUUACAAUGAUCACAAUAA